AAUUUUUCUCGAAUCCAUGAAAAAAGAAAAAGCAAUAGUUUUCUGUUGCAUCAAAUCAAAACUCUCUCCUUCUCAUGCAUGAUUCCUCUAAAGUUAAUUUUGUACUUGCACGCCACAUUUGGCUCUCUCAAUCCCCAUUAUUAAUGUAGUGGGGUUUUCAGUUUUCUUUCGUUUCUCUUUUUCUCUUCCCCAAACUGAAGCAAUUCCCAAAUUCCCGUCUCCUUCUCUUUCCCCUCUCACUCAUUCCAACUCUCUCAUCAAGCUCCAAUGGAGAAUCCACUCAUAGCUAAGUGCUCUCAGGACCUCUGGUUUGGCAUACUCAUCUCCUUCUUUUUUUGCUUUGUAUUGCUUUCAUUUGAUUAUUCAACUUUCUUGGGUGUCAACAAUGGUGCCAAUCUUUUAGUGAAUAAACGAGGUCGCCCAGUUGGGUUUGUGAAGAACCAAACCGUUUUGAUUACUUCCCAGUCUAGCCCAGAUUCUUGUACUGGUCGGUAUGUUUAUAUACAUGAUGAUCUUCCUUCCAAGUUCAACUCUGAUUUGCUCAAGAACUGUAGGCUUCUUACUAGAGGGACUGACAAGCCCAAUCUGUGUCCUUACUUUGAGAAUUGGGGUUUAGGUCCUGAAAUUGUAAACACUGAAGGGGUUUUAGCCAACAAGAGUUGGUUCUCCACAAACCAGUUCACUUUGGAAGUCAUAUUCCACAACAAGAUGAAGCAGUAUAAGUGUUUGACAAAAAACUCAUCUCUGGCUUCAGCCAUUUAUGUGCCAUUCUAUGCUGGCCUUGAUGCCAGUCUCCAUUUGUGGGAUUCCAAUCUCACGGUGAGAGACGCUUCGGCUAGAGAUCUCAAUGGUUGGCUUUCGAAGAGGCCCGAAUGGAAGACGAUGUGGGGGAGAGACCAUUUCUUGGUUGCGGGGAGGAUUUCAUGGGAUUUCAGGAGGCAAACGGAUGAGGUUUCGGAUUGGGGGAGUAAACUCAGGUUCUUGCCGGAAUCGAUGAACAUGAGUAUGUUGUCAGUUGAAGGAAGCUCAUGGAGAAAUGACUAUGCUAUUCCAUACCCAACAAACUUUCAUCCUGCAAAGGAUAGCGACGUAGUUCAAUGGCAGAACAGAAUGCGAAAACUAGAGAGGCCUUACUUGUUCACAUUUGUUGGUGCUCCAAGGCCUGACCAGCAAAACUCAAUUCGGGGGAAGAUUAUUGAUCAGUGCCUAGCUUCAAGUGUUUGCAAGUUGAUAGAUUGCAGUUCUGGUGGGAUUAAGUGUGACAACCCGGCUAGUGUUAUGAGGGUGUUUCAGAGCUCAGUUUAUUGCUUGCAGCCUACAGGGGAUUCAUACACUAGGAAAUCAGCUUUUGACUCGAUUCUGGCGGGUUGUAUUCCGGUUUUCUUUCAUCCGGGUACUGCUUAUUCGCAAUAUUUAUGGCACUUACCUAAGAAUCAUACCAAGUAUUCGGUGUUUAUUCCGGUGAGGUAUGUAGAGGAUUUGAAAGAAGGCCUCAUUGAGAGAACCUUGGUUGGAAUUUCAAAGGAGAAAGAAUUGGAAAUGAGAGAAGAGGUUAUAAGGCUAAUACCGAAGCUGGUGUAUGCAGAUCCCAUGUCAAGAUUAGAGACCGAAGAUGCAUUUGAUUUAUCUGUCAAGGGAAUUCUUGAGACGAUAGAGAAUGUUAGGAAGGUGACUAGAGAAGGAAGGGAUCCUAGCAUUGGUUUUGCAGAUGAGGAUAGUUACAAGUACACAUUUCCAAAGACAUUAGAAUAAACUUUUUUUCUUUAGUGCAAUUCUUUCUGUUUAGAACAAAAAGAGGUAGAAUAAGAACUGCAGGUAUAUAAAUGAAAAUAAAAUUGUUGCAGUUCUGGGUCUAGAAACACAAUGCCUGUUCUUUACUUCUGAGGUUUGAUGGAAAAGAAAGAGAAGCAAAUAUAAGGUCCUUAAUUUAUAUUGCAUCUCUCAGAAUAUGUAAUUGCAUAGGAAGAAUUAUAAACUAAAGAUCUGAUGUUCUUAUUGUCUUGA